AAUUGGAUUAAUCGGUUUUCCAAUUUUCGGGUUCUCCAUUCAAAUUUGGCGCUUUUCCAAAAUUUUCUGGUUCUUAUUUUGGUUGAUUGAGAAAACAGUUUGUCCUUUGAAGUCCUUUACAAAUCAAGUGAAUUAAUUGUUUGUUUAUUAAUUAAUUGUAUUGUUGCAGAUACAAUGUUGUUUAGUCGAUUAUCUUUGGUUACCUCUCGUCAUGUUUACCGAGCUUUGGUAAAUUCAAAUCGAUCCGCUCAUUAUGCUAAUCCUUAUGCUAAAUGGCAUCCGUCUGGUGUUGCUUUGAUUCCUGCUCAUCAUUCACCAGAUCCCUACACUUUAGACCCUGAAAAGAUUGCUAAAGAUCAUCAUCAUACUCUACAUGGUGUACCAAGGGAAUUUUGGCCUGCAACUUUAAAUGAAUUUCCAGUUCCAAGUGGCUCAUGGGCUGAACAUUAUGCUGAAGUUCAAUCGGCUUACAAUAAGCAACUUGCUAUUGGAAUUGUUUUCUUUCUCAUCUCUGUUGGUGUAUUUGUCUCGCAUCCUAAAAUCUUCUGGUACUCACCACCAUUAGAUAUUACUGAUCUUAACUGGAGAGACGAGUCAAGUGAAUAGAUUUUAAUUGGGAGAUUAUUGUAAAUUGUAAAAUUCACGAGAAAAAGAAACAAAAAAAAAUUAUGUAAACGCUAAUAACGUAUGUCCAAUUAUCGAAACAAAAUUUCGUUAAUUGUGUUGAUGGUUAUAUGUUUUCUUUCUCAAACUAUAUAACCAUAAAUGUUUAACAUCUUUCAGAACUAAAUUGUUGUCUCUUAAAUAGUUGAUUAGCUCUAAGAAUAAGAAUAAGAAAAGAUCAUUUUGAAAACAAACCAGAUUAUUUGUUUUAAUUUAAAUUUUCUGCAUAUCAAAAAUUAAGAUGUCAAAUAAAAUUUUCACUUGAUUGAAGUGAAAUAUCACAAUAAACGUCAACUAAUUUAAUUACAA